CACUAUUCAUUGCAAAAGUGGGAACAAGGAACCCUCAUUUCUUAUUUCUGAUUAAAAACUAAGCACUUGCCCACUAAAUUCACUCACCCUCACAGUCAUGCUGUGAUCAAAGUCCAAGUCUUCCUUCCAUUCAUUAAACUAAUAAAAUUCAAAUCAAACCAACAAAUGCCUCACCACCAAUUUCACAACACACCCAAUGGAAAAAAUCUCACCCCUUCUCCUCCUCUUUCUCCUCUCUCUAACCUCCAUUUCCGCCGCCCUUGACUCCAUCUCCGCCGCUCAGUCCGUCAGAGACGGCGGCCCAACUCUAAUUUCAGCUGGUGGGUUCUUCGAGUUAGGCUUCUUCAGCAUCAAAUCUAAUAGAUAUUUAGGAAUUUGGUUCAAGAAGAUUUCAAACGGAACAACGGUUUGGGUUGCUAACCGAGAAACCCCACUCUCAAACUCCACCGGUCUGUUCACUUUUGAUAGCAGAGGAAAUUUAAUUCUUCUGAACCAAGAAAAUAAUUUGACUGUAUGGUCUGGUAACUCUUCAAAACCCGCCCGGAAUCCAGUCGCGCAGCUUCUGGAUUCGGGCAAUCUUGUUAUUAGAGAAGAGAAUGAAAUUGACCCGGAUAAGUAUUUAUGGCAAAGUUUUUAUCAUGCUGAUAAAACUUUCAUACCCGGGAUGAAAAUCGGACGGUUGGCAGGCGGUCAGGAUGUUCAUUUAUCCUGCUGGAAGAGCGCUGAUGAUCCUACUAAAGGCGAAUAUAUUUAUGAACUUGAUCCGACCGGUUUACAAAUGGUUGUCUCGAAAAACUCGAUUUUUUCGGCCCGGUCCGGACCCUGGAACGGGAUUGGUUAUAGCGGUAUGCCGUACCUGAAACCGAAUCCGAUUUUUAACUACUCGUUUAUCACGAGCGAAAAGGGUACUUACUAUACUUUUGAGCUUAUGAACACGUCGGUUUUUACGCGGGUUGAGUUGAAUCCGAAAGGUGUGAUGGAUCGGUAUGCGUGGAUUGACCGAACGCAACAAUGGAACCUGAUAUCGUCUGCGCCUGCGGAUAAUUGUGAUAUGUAUGACAUAUGUGGCCCUCAUGGUAGUUGCGAUAUCAGUAACGCCCCGGUGUGUUCGUGUUUGGAUAAGUUUGUGCCGAAUAAUAGGAAUGAGUGGGGGAGAGCGGAUUGGACGGGCGGAUGUAUUCGGAGAACUCCGUUGGAUUGCAAGAAUGGGGAUGGGUUCGUCAAGUAUAUUAAUGUUAAAUCGCCUGAUAUGCUGAAUUAUACAAUUGACUCAAGCUUGACGAUGGAGGAAUGCAGGACGACGUGCUUGAACAAUUGUUCUUGUAUGGCGUACGCCAGUUCGAAUAUUGUAACCGGAAGAGGAUGCUACUUUUGGUUUGGAGAUCUUUUGGACAUCAAACAAUAUUAUGACGAAGGUGGACAAGAUCUUUACAUCAGGAUGGCUUUAUCUGAAUUAGUUGAAAGCCCUUCGAGCUCCGGAAAGGGGAAACAAAAGGUGAUCAUAGCAAGCUUAGUAUCAUCAGCACUAAUGUUUCUGCUAGUCCUGUGCUUAGGCUUGUGGAUACGAAACAAAAAGAGAAAGAAGCAGCAAAAUGCACAAGCCAGUUGGGAAAGGUAUGAAGAAGAAAGCUACUCCUUUGAUAAUCACGACGAAGAACUCGAGUUGCCCCAUUUUGACAUCAGCGUAGUUGCUAAAGCUACCGAUAACUUCUCGUUUAACCAUUUGCUUGGAGAGGGCGGCUUUGGGCCUGUUUACAAGGGUACACUUAAAGAUGGACAAGAAAUUGCUGUGAAGAGGCUCUCCAAGGAAUCUAGACAAGGACUCGAUGAGUUCAAGAAUGAAGUUAAAUGCAUUGCCAAACUUCAGCAUCGAAACCUGGUUAAGCUUCUUGGAUACUGCGUUCAUCUAGAUGAAAGGAUAUUGAUCUAUGAAUACAUGCCUAAUAAAAGUCUAGACUUGUACAUUUUUGAUGAAAGCCGAAGCAAGCAACUGGACUGGUCGAUAAGAUUUCGCAUUAUCAAUGGUAUAUCAAGAGGGCUUCUCUAUCUUCAUCAAGACUCUAGACUAAGAAUUAUUCAUAGAGAUCUCAAAUUGAGUAAUGUCUUACUUGACAAUGAGUUGAAUCCCAAAAUCUCUGAUUUCGGCAUGGCUCGAAGUUUCGGGGGUAAUGAAACUGCAGCAAAUACAAAAAGAGUAGUUGGAACAUAUGGUUAUAUGGCGCCGGAGUAUGCUAUUGACGGUCUAUUCUCUGUGAAAUCUGAUGUGUUUAGCUUUGGUGUAUUGGUGUUGGAGAUAAUUAGUGGGAAGAAAAACAGAGGAUUUACUCAUCCAGAUCACCAACUUAACCUUCUCGGACAUGCAUGGAAGCUCUUAAAAGACGGAAGAUAUCAAGAGCUAGUAGAUGAACUGAUGACGGAAUCUUGCGAUUUCUCACAAGUAUUAAGAACAGUUCAUGUCGGUCUACUAUGUGUACAACAGGAUCCAGAUGAUAGACCAAGCAUGUCAUCGGUGGUUCUAAUGUUGAGCAGUGAAGGUCCAUUGCCGGAGCCUAAAGAACCAGGAUUUUUCACCGAAAGAAAAAUGUAUGAAGGAGAAACUUCGUCGAGCAAACAAGAAUCAUGUUCGAUUAAUGAUAUGACAAUUACGUUGAUAGAUGUUCGAUAAAAGUGUUUUUUGGUCGAAAUGUAACGGCUCGAUGAUGCUCGGGACUUCGAGCUUGAGCCGUAGAGCCAAAAUAGUGUUUAUGCAAAUAGUUUUGUGAGAACAUAUCAUUAUAAACAAUUUUUGUAAAGAUAUGUAACAAUUAUACAUAAUAUUCAAUCUUA